GGGGGGGUGGGGGGGGUUGAAUAACUGAUCUCCUGGAUUUUUCACUUCACAUCAUCAACAGGAUAGGAUGAUGCCUUUCACCAGAUUUGUGCUGCUGUUAAUCCUGUGCUGCACCAUCAGAAGUGGCUUCGGCUUCAAGUUAUACAAGAUAAACGACAGCUACACUUGCAACGAGCUCCUUUCCGAAGUUGGAAAGGAGGAGCUGCCUGAGGACACCUCAGUGGACAAGAGAAGCUUCACUUACUUACCCAGCGACAGAUCUGCAUUCGCUGCCGACAAGGAGAAACGGAUAUUUCCAGCUGCAAGGUACAAAUACCUCCGCCGAACACAACUGAAAGGGAAGAUGUACCAGAACACAGCGAAAAGCAACCGGCGCACCAAAUUCACCUUGUCCUUAGACGUGCCCACGAGCAUCCUGAACAUUCUUUUAAACAUUGCGAAAGCUAAGAAUAUGAGGGCAAAGGCGGCAGCCAACGCGAGGCUGAUGGCGCAAAUCGGUCGAAGGAAGUGA